UCGAAGUUUUUUUCGUGCAGUACAGUAAAAAUACGUCAAUCAAUCAAAUGGUUUAAUAUUUUUUUUUAUUUUUCUACAUUCUUCUUUAUUAUAUUUACAUACUUCCCUUUCCGAAAAAUAAUAUGGCUGCAUCGUUUUCUUAUUUCUAAAAUAAACUGACAAUACAAGGACAGUGCGUUAGUGUAUACAAAACUCAUAAUCAUGUUGUCCCUUGAAAUUUAUUAAUUGCUUUAGCAAGGCGAUAAUAAUAUAUUAAAAAUUGUUCAACUUGUAAACAUGAAUUUCGAAGACAGUUCGAGUAGUGGCUAUGUCACGGCGGAAACCAUAUACGGCACCCAUGAAGACUCACACGUAGUGAUGUCGGAGAAGGUACAGACCCUGGCUGGAAGUAUUUACCAAGAGUUUGAACGUAUGAUAGCGCGCUACGAUGAAGAUGUGGUGAAAACAUUGAUGCCGUUGCUGGUUAACGUUCUGGAGUGUUUAGAUUCUGCCUACCAAACCAACCAGGAGCAUGAAGUGGAACUGGAAUUAUUGCGGGAAGACAACGAACAACUGGUCACGCAAUAUGAACGCGAGAAGGCGGCGAGGAAGCAUGCGGAACAGAAGUUACUUGAAGCUGAAGAUCACUAUGAAGGCGAGAGAAAAGAUCUUACGGGCAGACUUGAGGCACUCGACAGUAUUGUCCGGAUGCUUGAGUUGAAGCAUAAGAAUUCUCUGGACCACGCCAGCAGGUUGGAAGAGCGGGAAAAUGAAUUGAAAAAGGAAUAUGCCAAACUGCAUGAACGCUACACUGAGCUUUUCAAGACGCAUAUGGAUUACAUGGAGCGAACCAAACUCCUGUUAAGCACCGCAAGUGAUCGCAGCGAAGUUCGUGGUAGGCUUGGCCUAAAUCCUGUUGGGAGGUCUAGUGGUCCUAUUUCGUUUGGGUUUGCUUCUCUCGAUGGUUCUGUGAAUGUUGUUGAGCAGACGGAGAGCAUUCCUGGCAGUCCAGUGAGCCUCUCGUCGUCACCAUCGUCACCACCUAUUGGCUCUGAAUUAGCGGCAGUAACAACGGUUGAGCGGGCUCACCAAACUGACCCUAUUACGCAGCAGAGUCAGGCCACAUCUCCAGUGGCGCCGCCAAGUACCAACACGGGCAAGUCGCAGACCAAGAGCGAGAGACGAUGCGGCAACACGCUGUACCAAGAGCUGGCGUUCCACGAUACAGACGCUACUAUGGUGGACGGUGAUGAUGGUGGUGAUAUAACUGGCAGCUGGGUCCACCCGGGAGAAUACGCGUCGUCAGUUAACGAUAAUUAUUUCGGAAUGGGCAAGGAAGUGGAAAAUCUUAUCCUGGAGAACAACGAACUUUUGGCCACCAAAAACGCGCUGAACGUGGUUAAAGACGAUCUUAUAGUAAAAGUGGACGAAUUGACCGGCGAGCAAGAGAUACUAAGAGAAGAAGUAGCGAACCUCAGCUCUGCUCGAGAGAAACUCAGGGAACGCGUCACGCAAUUGGAAGAAGAGCUGAGACAUUUGAAGGAGACAAUGAGCUCGAACGCCGGCGGUGGGGAUAACGAAGAUGAGGCCGAUGUGCCGAUGGCGCAGCGGAGGAAGUUCACGCGAGUCGAAAUGGCCAGAGUGCUUAUGGAACGGAAUCAGUAUAAGGAACGUUUCAUGGAGCUGCAAGACGCUGUCCGCUGGACGGAGAUGGUGCGUGCGAGUCGCGUUGAGUCCACCAUGGAUAAGAAGAGCAAGCAGAGUAUCUGGACUUUUUUCAGUAAACUCUUUAGCACGGAACGCCCCCAGAGACCGCUAUCGACGCCGCAUCUCAAAGCGGUGGCUGCUCCAUCACCGCCGCUGCGUCACUCGCGCACGCAAGCGGACUUUCUCGAGACACAGCUGUCGGACCACCACCAUAGGCGGCAGGAGAGGAGCGAGCAGUUUCGCCAGGUUCGAGCGCACGUGCGUAAAGAAGAUGGCCGCACGCAAGCCUACGGGUGGAGUUUGCCCGGGAAAAGCGGUCAAGGACAAAAAGGUCCAAAUGUGUCACUAUCAUCCGGUGGUGUUCCAGUCCCAGUGCCGGUAUUCUGCAGACCCAUCGCAGAAGCAGAACCUCGUAUGACUCUGCUCUGUGCCGCUGCAGUGAACUUGAACGGUGGCAAGUCGCCAGAUGGCCGUAACAUUGGCGAUAGCGUUACUAUGUGCCUAGCAUACGAAAUGAGCAAGGCGCAGUCAGCCGGGUCUCCGGAAAUAGAACAAAUUGGUUCCGAACUACAAUCCACCCAUACCGUCGAUAAUAUGGAGAGAAAUAUGUCAUCGCUAGUCUGGAUCUGUUCCAGCACACAGACCAAGGGCAUUGUUAUGAUAAUCGACGCUAACAACCCAGCGGAGGUGAUAGAAUCGUUCACGGUGAGCGACAAGCACAUACUGUGCGUCGCGUCCGUGCCCGGCGCGGUGGAGGACGACCACCACGAGUACGAGGAGCGCAUGACUGAGAACGAGACUAAGAGACACUCUUACGAGGAGCGCAUGACGGAGAACGAGACUAAGAGACACUCUGGCUCGUUGUUCUGUGUCAGUAAGAGUGACUCGACGGAGAGUCAAAAUAAUGGUCUGCCAUUAACAGCCACUAGUAGCAGUUCUGGUGAGAACGGUGCUAAAGAAGUCAUCGUUGGUAGUACACGGAUGGUGCAAGCAACAAUUCUAACCCCGCCCAGCACACCAGCAAAAGAAACGCCGCCGCCGAUCAACGAGCAACCGCCAAAGGAAUCCGCCAUAGACAAUAUAGAGGACGCCGAAACUAUUGUCGCCGAGAGCCCGCCGCUCAGCUCUACGCCUGUUAAUAAUACAGAAAGACGCACUUCUCCAGAGCCGGGUGUCGACGCGUUUGCGCAAGAGCAGUCGAACGCUGAGAGUCGGGAUGUGCCGCAAGAGCGCAUCACUACGGCCACGCCCACUAUGUGGCUCGGCACUAAGAGCGGCAAUCUCUACGUGCACUCCGCUGUGACGGAUUAUAGCAAGUGUUUAGCCAGGGUGAAAUUGAACGACGCGAUUUUAUCCAUCGUGGCCUGUUGGUCGCGUUGUAUAGUGGCGCUGGCUGAUGGUACUGUGGCCAUAUUCUCGCGGCUCGCGGACGGACAGUGGGACUUCUCGCAAUAUCUCCUUAUGGUGCUUGGCGACCCUAAGUGUUCAGUGCGGUGCCUCAGUGCUGUGGGCAGCGGUACAGUGUGGUGCGGCUACCGCAACAAGGUGCACGUGAUCGAGCCGCGCGCGGGCGUGCUGCUGCACUCGCUGGAGGCGCACCCGCGGCAAGAGAGCCAAGUGCGCCAGAUGGCGUGCGAGGGAGACGGCGUGUGGGUGACAAUCAAAAUGGAUUCAACGCUGCGUCUGUACCACGCGCAUACGUACCAACAUUUGAAGGACGUCGACAUCGAGCCGUAUGUUAGCAAGAUGCUCGGCACCGGCAAGUUGGGAUUCUCUCUCGUGAGGAUCACGGCGUUGCUCAUUAGUUCGGGGAGACUGUGGAUCGGCACUAGCAAUGGGGUUGUUAUAUCUGUGCCGCUAUCUGAGAAUCAAAGAGACGCAAUCAGAUCAACAAGUCCUGCUGGCGUGAUCCCGCUAUGUUCUAUGGCCCACGCUCAGCUCAGCUUCCACGGGCACCGGGACGCGGUGACGUUCUUCGUCGCAGUCCCCGGGGCCGGGUCCCCGCGGACCCCGGACUCCCCGGACCAGGGUCCCACACCACCCCCCACUCUGGUCAUAUCCGGGGGCGAGGGGUACAUCGACUUUAGAAUAGCUGAUUCGGAGAUGGAGGACAGCGUGGUGGUGGCGGAGGACGGGUCGUCGAGCGGGCACAGCUCGCUGGUGGAGCGGGCCAGCAAGAGCCACCUGAUCGUGUGGCAAGUGGCCACCGCCUAACGCUCGGCCGGCCGCGCACGCGUCGACUCCGAGUCGGACUACGUGUACGUGUGCGUGUCCGACAAGCCGGCGGUCACGUACAACGCGUAGGGCACUGCGAUUGGUCGCUGACGGUUCUCACCCCUGAUUGGACGGCUCGUCGUUGAUACAGUAGUGUGUACAAAAAUAAAAUGUUGUGUGGUUUUAUGAAACCACGGUAAAAGUGAAACUUUUUUUCACACUAUAGACAUUUAACUAAAAAUUAUCGUAUUUGUACGAUAAUUAUCGUGCGUAUCGUGCGUCACGCGACAUGCGCUACACAGACCAAAAAGUUUGAGACGAUGUAAUAAAAGUUUCACUUUAAAAAUUGGACUUUGUAAGGAAACUUCGCCAAUCAGCUGACCGAUUUCCAUACAAAGUCCAAUUUUUUUUCUACGAAUUCAGCAAAGUUGUAGAACAAAAGUUGUUCAGUUUCAUGAGUAGAAGCUCCUGUCUACAUUCGUCUAACGUCUUACCUUCAAGCGACAGCCCAAGUCGAGGUUCGUGAUCCCCGUCGAAUUGGGACGCCCUUGCGCAUGUCGCUCCGUGAAACUUCUGUUCAUUUACGCGUUUAUAUGUAUCAGCCCUUUUGGAAUGUAAUAGAGGGUAUUGUAGUUAUAAAUCGACGAAAUACCAGUUGUGUUCCAAUCGAACGUGUAUCAACGAUGAGCGUCGUGAAUCACCCACUCCGCGUAAUGUGUUUUCUCUCGUCACGUCAUCGUUUUUGAACUCUUCGACGCAUUAGUGCACGGCCCAUGGACAUUAAAUAUUUCUAACUGUUUUGCUAACGUUUGUGCUUUCAUCGCGCCGAAACACUAAUCGCGCUUUGUUUUUAGAUUAUUUUUAUUUGUAUUAUAAUAUCGCUCACCUAUUUAAACGCAUUCGGUGUACAAAAUGUUAAGAAAGAUGUAUUUGUUUAUCAUCUAUUAAUUAUUAUUAAAUUUAAUCUCAUUUAGAAAUAAUGUACAAGAUAUAACCACCAAAUAAUUCAUGUUAGUAGAUCUAGAUAGUAGAUAGCUUAGUUCUAUUAAUGAAUUUUUUUGUAAUAAUAUUAUGGUAUUAGUAUGAAUUUCUCAUCUAUAAGGUAAUCGAACGGGCUGUGGUUGUCAUCUGCAUCACAAUUAUUGUAAUAGUUAGUAAGUUAAGGAAUAUAACGUGAAUUAUAUGCGGCUUGUGAUAUUUAUCGUCGAUAGGAAGCCGAGGUUGUUUGUUUACAAAUGUAUUCAUAAUAAUAUGUCGACCAGCAAACCCGUUGAUUCUUCUAUAUACUAUCGAAAUAGUAACCUAUAUUAUAUUAUUUUCAGUCAUAUAACAGAAGCACAAAAGUUUACAGCUAUAGAUGAUUCCGUCUUAUGAUAAUGUAUAAGUUACCUACAAGUUUGCUGGCCUCGUUCGUUUAGUUACUGUACUUGUCCAAUGGUGCAAAAAUUAUUUUAAGUGUGUUAGUAUUUAGCAUAACUUUUGUGCUGUUCCCGCGUCGUAAGCGACACGUCGCUUUGGUAAAUAUAUUAUUUUAGGAUAAAUUUUAUUUACAUUUAUUUAUUUACUGUUUUGUUUAAAGGGUUCCGUUGUGUCGAUUGAACGUAUUGAAAUAGGUAUUACUAUAUAAUGUGCUGGUUUAAUGAUACGACUCUUCAGCAUAUUCUGCUAUCAAACCUAGUCAGAUUUAAACGACUUAGGAUAAUUAGAUAAGCUUAUAUUGUUUGCGGAUUACAAGCUAUAAAAAUGCCAAGGUUUAUUUUCAAGUAUUGCCAUCACACGGCGCAAUUAUGUAGUGGGCAUUAUUUAGUUUGAUUAUUAUAUAUAGAUUUAUAGUGUUAUGUAAUUGAUUAAUAUGUUCAUGAAAUAACAUGUAAUCACAUUUCAUUCAAUUGGCUUCGCUCAUCCGUGAGACUGCGCUAUUUAUAAAAAUAUUGUAAGCAAUAAUUUGUCUCAACGUUAUUAUAAUAAUGUUUUACGAGCCAGUAUGCGCAGUAGCUUGGCUGUUAAAGAAAUCUUAAAGCACCGUCUAUCUUGUUUAUUUACAUUCUAAUAUAUUCGACUGAAAUUUAAAUUAAUGAAAAACUAAUGGAACCGAUUGGCUUGUAACAGAUUAAAAUAUUUAAAUUAUGUUGACCUGAUUUGUUCGAUUGCGUUCUUUCAUAAUAUAUUUGUACUUACGUUUUGCGAAACUAAUAUUUUGUGUGCAAUCGUAUUAGAAAAAUCGAGAUUAUUUUAGGUUUAAGUCUUUUUUUUAUUGAGAUCUAUGUACAAAAGGUGAAUCCAAGAUUUUUAUAUUUAUUUCCCUUAGUUAAAUGAAAACAUGUGUUUACUUUACAUUAAAUUGUGUUGAAUAUUAGAUAAUGUUAAUGAAGUGGAAAUCUAAUUACCGUAAAAAGUUUACGUCGUUUGUAAUACGCAAUCCAAUAAAAUGCUGCUAAUAA